UCAACGAAUUCGACUUCGUUUCUGUCGGCGAAACUUACCUCAAUUUACUUAUUUUCCUCCGAUGAGAAAUUUUCUCGCAAAACAUCAACGAGACACUUUGUGUACUACUUUCACUCUCGAUGCCCGUGUUGUGUACCUGGUUUUUCGGCCGACGAAAACUCGCUGUAGUCGAUACGACAAAACUUCAGCUGUACAGUCUGUCGAGGUUCGUUCGUCCCCGUUUUAUCCUCGGCGAUCGAAAAUCUGUCGAAGCAUCGCCGUUCGAGAGCUCGUUCAUCGCGCGGAAACGCUUGAAAUGCGACAUAGCAGAGUUCGCUGGUUGUUCGCUAUUGAAACUUGCAGACGUUCUUCAUUUUCACGUGUCGACUGCCACGAGCCUGUGUCGUCAAUAUUAAUUCGGUCGGACUGUACCGUGUGUGUCAUCGACCGUCGACAGCCCGCCGUUCGAAACCGACAGAAUUUCAUCUGUCCGAGAGAUUCUCAACCGAACGAUCGCUCGUAGUACGGGCGACGUUCAAUCAUGUAUACACGGGGAGAUUUUUAAUCAAAUGUACGCGUCAUUUCGCAUCUGGUGGAAGAGCUGCGUGCUUAUCCCGUCAAUAGUAAAUCAGCUGAUUGGUGCACAGAUUCGCGGGCAGCGGGAAAGGAAGGAAAUUUUCACAAGGAGAGAAGGAAGGGAGAAGCCUGUGUGGGAGGAGCGUUGAACGAACGAUGCGUUUCCGUUGUUGAUAAUUGGUUGCUCGUUCGUUUGCAACUUGUAAAACGACGAACGAAUGAAUGGGAACGAAACGAGGCAUUUGAAUCGGUUGGACGUGUUGGAGAUGAGAGAGAGAUUACGUAGGGUCAGAUCGCAAAAUGUGUUACAUGUACUGUCUGUGGGAACAAUUCGGUCUGGUCGAUGACAAGAGGGAGCUCAGCUUGAACGGCAUGCUCACGUUUUUCCAAAGAAUACCAGCCUACAGAGCGGAGGUCCAGAAAGCGAUCAACCAGUGCAAGGGGAUCGCCAAAGGUGACAAUUGCGAGUACGCGUACAGGUUCAAUAAAUGUUACGCGGAAUUAUCACCGCGGGUGAGUAAUCCUCAUUUAAUAUCGAACGACCAUACUUAUACUUGGGAUAGUUUGAUCACCACACACACGAGAAAAGACAUAGAGAAUUUCUUUCCUUUUGAAAUUUUAUUAUCCCUGCAAUUAUAA